AUGAUUUUCUGGUACAACAUUUGCGCUGAAAUCAGGCACAUGAUCCUGGUUCAACUCGCCAGGGCGGUGCCUCACGAGAAAGGCGCCAUGGCGGCAUAUGCUCGUGUCUCUAAAGAAUGGCAGACGUUCUUCGAGCCGUAUUCCUUUCGAAGUUUGAAGAUACAGUCCACGGACCUAAAACGAUUCCAGGAGAUCUUUGCUGUGCAUCGACGCAGGGCCUAUCUGCAGCAUCUUGGCUUGAAGACAACUAUUCCUGAGCAUAAGUUAGAGCUUUUGCGUUUGGUGCGUUGCACCGACAUCGAAAACCUAUUUGCCCAAAUGACACUUCUUUAUAAGCGAAGAUCCGAAUAUGACACACAUAUGCCAUGGAUAGAGAAGCAAGAAUACAGGAACAACGUGGAAUUCGAUAACGCACUGCGCUCGCUCUUCCACUGUUUAACUUACUGGACAGUGAGACAAGUUCAUUUUCUCGGUAUUAAGCUAGAGAUUAUCGCCGACUCCAAAAGCCACUGGCAAGAGGCUGCCACCGUGAUCCAAGAGUUGUGCGAACCUAUGGUUAUUCAUAUACCAGAUCGACUGGUUGUGAGCAGCUACUGUCAGGAGAAAACCUUGAGAGCCGCUGAGUUGGAUUUCCACUUCUUACUCGGAGUGAUGAACUGGGAGCUUCCCGUGGUUCAGGUUAUCUCUGAAGUAUCGAUACCGAAAAGCAACAUCCAUCAAUUGGAGCCUAACUCAGUCGUUCACAUCCUGAACUCCCUUCCUCGCCUGAGGACUUUCAUAUGGGCGAUCAGACCACACGUCAGCCGGAGAGAUAAGCGCCGCUUCUACGAACAGUUUCAAGAGACUGUUCACAUGUGGCCUAAAUCGUUAACAAGAGUGGGACUUACACAAUCUUCCUCUACGCGCUUGCAGAGAAGGGGGAACCCCGAGCUCAUAUCCCUGGUAUCGACGUUGUCUACGCAGUUCAAAGAUCUGGAGAUUACAUCCACCUACUCUGACACAAACGAGCUCCUAUUCUGGGCGAAGGCAGCAAACGUAUCUGUAAAGCCGGACAGCCGAAUUUGA